AUGUGCAACGAUAUCAAAUUCGAAAACCGCUCCUACGACUCUGUCAACCAAGAAAUGCUCUCAACCUAUAUGAAAAAAAGAGGAAUGGCUAAUUUGAAACUCGAAGAUCUCAAUCUCUGGACUCGAUCAUUUGGUGAAAACUAUUAUCCAGUUAUCGUAACUCUCAAGGAUUCUGAUCAAAUCAUCAUAACUUGUCAUGGAAUCGAAUAUGAAAGUGUGCACGAUGAGAACAAAAAAUUCACUUUUAUUGGGUUUUUAUGGAUCGAUGAAGAUUUUCGUGGAAAGGAAAUUAUGGUUCAUAUUCACAACACUUUGGCAUCUUAUGAGGCUCUUACUUAUACAGUUCAUACUUUAUUGAGUAAGUAAAGAUUAUAAAAACGAUAGGAUUGAACUUCAAUGAACAUUCAUUGUUAAGUUAGGGUUAAUCGGAAUCUUUUUUCCUAGCCCGAUUCAAUUUUUAAAACCUCAUUUAGGACCAAAGCAAACCUCAUUCCAGACUGAACUAAAAAUCUAACCUCAAAAAUUUGCAGAACCCGCUGCCGUUAAAUUUUUCAAAAUCAUGACCGGGGAGUUCAACGAAUAUCUCAAAAGCUAUGUCUCAAUCUAUGACAAAAAUGAGCUGCACUUAGAAGAGAAACCGGUUUCUCAAAUAACUUUGAAAAAAAUCUCCGAAGUGUCUCCCAAUCUUCUAACUGCAUACGAUCAAAGCAUUUUCCCAUUCAAUAGAGCUGAUUAUAUCACUGAAUUUUUGAAACAGAAAAACUGUUAUUCAAGAGUGAGUUGAAGACGUCAAAUUUCGACAACAAAGAAUACAUGAUUCCAGAUUGCAUUGAAUUCAUCUGGUGAAAUCAUUGGGUAUGGAAACAUCAUACUUUUUGAGUCAACAAAUCUUGCUCAAAUUCAACCACUUUAUGCAGACAAUGCUGAAAUUGCAAGUGCAAUAGUUUCAGAAAUUUUACAUUCUGAAAAUCUCGACUUUGAACAAAUCUCUCAUCGUUCAAAUGACAAACACAAUGAGAGCUAUGAAUGGUUCAAACCAUUGCUCAAAAAAAAUGUAGAACUUCGUCGAGAAUUUGUAUCAACUUAUGGUUGGAGUGGAAAUGGUCCAAAAGACUUUGGAAUCUCUAAAGUUUUCUCAUCAUCAAGUACUAUAGUCUGUCCAAUAUAA